GCCGGAGCCCCAGCGCCGGGGGAGACGGGCACGCAGCCGCCGGCCGCCCGCCCUCCCUGCAUCCCCGCCGGGCGGUGCUCCGGGAGACGCGGCAUGAAGGGCCCUAGCUUAGAAACACAGAUGGUGGAUGAUGAAACUGAGCCUACAAGUGAAGAAUUGCCUCCUCAUCUGCGGGAAGAGCCUCCUGAAGAUGCCAGCAAGGACCACCCACAGCAGCAGGCAGGAGUCAUCUGGAGAGUGACAGGUGGCCUAUUCAGUAUCACCCGGGGAGCUGUGGGGGCCACACUGGGAGGAGUUGCCUGGGUGGGCAGCAAGAGUCUGGAGCUCACCAAAACAGCUGUGACCAGUGUCCCCGCUGCCGGCGUUGGACUGGUGAAGGGCAGCGUCUCAGCAGUGACCGGCGGCGUCGGAGCUGUGGGCAGCGCGGUCGCCGGCAAAGUCCCUUUCACUGCAAAGAAGAAGGACAAGGCUGACUAAUCCCUGUCGCAGCUCCCUUCCAAAAGAUCAACCUGCCCAUACUGUCCCCCUACCCAGCACCUUUUUGAGUUGGAACCAGCCGCUUCAGGGAGGCUCGAGCACCCGAGCAGACUCUGGCUGCAGCCUGCUCAGCACCGCCUGCCUAGCUCAGAGCUCACAGAGCCACUGUCAAUGCCUUUCACUCCCAUCACCUACUGGGAACCAUCUUCACUCUGAGGACUUUAAAGGCGCGGUUGUCUCUGUCUUGUA